GGUCAUAUUUUAUCUUUCAGGAUGUCCUUGCUCUUGUGGAUAAAAAGGACAAUGGGUUGGAGAAUGAAGCAACACUGCUUAGAGGUUUGGAGGGGAAACUUUCAUUUCUGGAGAAGACCCUAGCAGAGCUGAAAGCUGAGGGCAAGACAGCCAGUUCCACCCUCAAAAAAGUAAUCACUGUCCUGUGUGCUGAGGAGAAACUAGAACGAGCUCUGGAGCUUAAAAUUCUUUAUGAAGCGGAUAUGACUCCUGCUGCAUAUGCCAUGCUCAUCAACCUGUGCUGUCGGCAUGACAAUGCUGAGGAAGCCCUCAAGCUAAAGAUGGAAUUGGCUCGCAAGGACUCUGAAGUAGCGCUGGAUGCUCAGAAGUAUGUGGCCUUGGUCCGAGUGCUAUCCAAACAUGGCAAGCUGGAAGAGGCGAUCGAUAUGCUGAAAGAGAUGAAGGAGAAGGAUGUGCAGUUAAGGGACAGCACAAUCAGUUUGCUCACCCUCACGAUGAAUACCGCUGCGAUGAAAGGAGAUGCCAACAGUAUUCGACGCCUCCAGGAGACGAUCUUCACUUUGGGCCUGGCCAAACCAUCCAGUAACCUCUGCUCACCCCUCAUCACUUGCUAUCUGGAGAGUGGGAACUAUGCAGGUGCAUUCGAUGCCACUGUGGAGGUCCAUAAACAAUACAACCAGAUGCCCAAAAUCCACGACCUCAUCUGCGGCCUGGUGGAAAAAGGAGAUGCUGAGCUAUUACAGAAAGUCGUGGAGUUUUUGAGUCAGGAGCGAGGCGAGAUGAUGAUGCUCUACGACCUUUACUUUGCGUUCCUGCAAACGGGCCGCUACAAGGAGGCACGCAAAAUCAUCGAGGUGGGACUGCUGUUAUUGUGUUCAAUCCACACAGCUAAUUUAACAGCUAAGGCAGCAUCUCACGAGUCUACACUUCCACUGAGAAACAGCUCUGACAAAGCCAUUUAG